AUGGUCCUCGACUGGAGCGCGUUAGCUCCCGGCCCAGCUGGAACAGCCAUGCUAGGCGAGAGCGGAAUCGAAGGCGCCGCCCGACGCGGACGCGAGCGUAUACGCCGCGAGCAAGCAGAGCAACGAGAACUCGAAAAGAAACCCCAGCAUGGUGACGAUACGGCGUCGGAAGUUACAUUGCUACCCACAAACCAAUCAAAAGAGCGCGAGUCCAAACCCGAAAGGUCUAAGGAAGGCGGCGAUCGAGCGCCCAGGCGUUCAAUGGGUUCUGAUGCGGAUACUUUGAUAGAGCAGAGGGAUGGUCGGAGGCAGCGUGGGGGUAUUAAGGGGAAGUUGAGUCGGUUUAAGAAGCAGUUGACGGGCUGA